GCUGGUGGAGCCAGUACGAGAACUUGCCGUGGCCUGACCGCAUCAUGUUCCAUGUGUCUGGCUUCGUGGAGGGCAACGACGAGCAAGGCCGGCUGCUGCGGCGCACGCUCAUGCGUUACGUCAUGCUGGGCCAAGUGCUCAUCCUGCGCAGCGUCAGCACCGCAGUCUACAAGCGCUUUCCCAGUCUUCAGCAUCUGGUGCAAGCAGGCUUUUUGACUACUGCGGAACAUAAGGAGUUGGUGAAGUUGAGCAUACAACACAACACAUUCUGGGUGCCCUGGGUAUGGUUUGCCAACCUGGUAAUGAAGGCCUAUGUUGGAGGUCGAAUCCGGGAUGGUGUCAUGCUCCAGAACCUGAUGAACGAGAUGUGCACCUUGCGUUCUCAGUGUGGACAGCUGUUUGCCUACGACUGGAUCAGUAUCCCAAUGGUGUACACACAGGUGGUCACAGUGGCAGUGUACAGCUUUUUCCUUGCAUGCUUGGUGGGGCGGCAGUUUCUGAACCCAGCCAAGAACUACCCAGGCCAUGAGAUGGACCUCGUUGUGCCUUUCUUCACAAUCCUGCAGUUCAUAUUCUACAUGGGCUGGCUGAAGGUGGCCGAGCAGCUCAUCAACCCCUUCGGAGAGGAUGAUGAUGAUUAUGAGGCUAACUGGCUCAUUGAUAGACACCUGCAGGUCUCCCUGUUGUCUGUGGAUGAGAUGCACCAGGAUUUGCCUCCCUUGGAGCGUGACAUAUACUGGAAUGAGCCAGAUCCUCAGCCGCCCUACACAGUUGCCUCUGCCCAGUCUCGUCGGGCUUCCUUCAUGGGCUCCACCUUCAAUAUCAACAUGCAGGAAGAAGACAUGGAGAUCCAGUCUGAGGAUGACGAUGACGACCAGAACAAACACGGCGGCAUCAUUGGACGCUUCUUGGGGUUGCAGUCCAGUGACCACAAUCCUCCCAGGACAAGCUCAAAGACCAAACUAUUGUCCUUCAAGAAGGAACGCUACCCCCAGGGCCAGCCUAAGGACAGAGAGAACACUAGGGACCAGGAAGAUAAUGACUGGAAAAUUAAGAGUCUGGACACCUACAGGGCUGUUCCGCUGUUUGAGAGGCCAGACUACCACAGUGCCCCACAGACACCCCUCAGCCAAACUCCCAUGGUCUCCCCUCCUGAGUGGUCAGCACCCUCCAAGCCUUACUUAGUCACAGGUGAUGAGGCUUCCACAAAGAACCAAAAAGUUGGUGACAUGAAGAAAACGGUGGAGUUUAACUUGAACAUUCCAGAGAGCCCUGCCGCUCAACCUAGACAAGCCCAUUUGGAUGAGCUGCCAACCAACAGACAAACUGUAAUGGAGCACUCUACCAGCUUGGAAAGCAGGUCUGUAGACCCAGACCACGGCCUGCAUUCACAUGUCUAUGGUUCCAGUUGAGUCUACCCAUUCCCCACAAUUUCCCAAGCUUCCAUUAUUGCUGACAUUUGGGUUAAACGUAUGUCCCUACCCUAGCUGGUGGUUAGAAACCACCUUGGCAAGAACUGUUUGAUAAGGAGGACUUUUACUUACCUAAGACCUUGGAAGGUGAAAUUGUGUUGACAGAAUGCUGAAGGGAAGGCUAUAUUGGUGAAGCAGGGAGUGGGCCAGGCUGUUUACCUUGGUAGGGGACGGAUGACUGGCAGAACCUUGAGAAGAACCAAAACUCUAGCCAGGCUGUAGCCCCAAGGGGCAGUUUCUCUACUCUAGCAGCUAGAUGGCAAGUAAUGCUUGCCUAGAGCCUGUACCUAAGCAUUCCCACUUCACCUCAGGCAUUGGUCAUGGUCUCCUGGGAUACCUUCUCAGGGCUUUAGGGCCUCACUUAGUACUUCCCAAAAAGGCCUAAAAGCUGUCACACAUCUACCAUGUUAACUUUUAAAUUUCUUGGACACUUCUGCCCAAUUAGAAACAUCCCACCCACACUUUGAUCCCAACAUGGGCAGUCCUAACUUCCCACUUCCACAUUCUUAGUUUCAUCUGUAACCAGAACACCCACUUUUUCAAAAAUGGAAACCAGAGGGCAACAAUUUCUAUCUCGCUGCUAGUGUUAGACCAUCUUUUAUAGAUCACUAGGUAUGUUUAAGACCAGCUUCAACCAUUGUCCUCAUAAAUGUGUUUUGUUUUAAGACAGGGUUUGUGUGUGUAGCCUUGGCUGUCCCGGACUUAUAUUGUAGACCAGGCUGGUCUCGAAAUCACAGCAGUCCUGCCUCUGCCUUCCCGAGUGCUGGGAUUACAGGCAUGGGCCACCACCACCCAGCUUCUUUUAUGUAGGUUCUAGGGGUCAAACUGAGGCCCUCAAGGUUAUACAGCAAGCCCCUUUCCUCACUUAACACACCAUGCCUGGCACUAGGUAAAUCUGAAACUUACAAUGUGAAUUCUCUGAAAUCUUCCACAGUGAUGAAGCUGACACCUAACCUGUCUCUCGUAAGUGAUGCUUCACAGCCUGGUCCUCAGCUGCUUGGGUGCAGCAGUAGACUGACCGAGUCAGAGGCACACACCAGUUGAAACCCAAGAGUAUGUUCCCAUGAUAUUCUGGCAAGUAAUUCAGAACCAGGGAUGCCUCUUCCUGUCUGAACACACCUGUAUCUUACUAUCUU